CACCCUUCUUUGCUACGUGAUCCUAUCGAGCUCAUCUUCGGGGGAGCAAGUUCUAACUGAUAUAACAGAAAAUGUCUGGUAACCAAGGUGAAACCUCCAGCAAGAAGGCUUGGACCACGGAGGAGAAUUACACUUUCGUAUUGAAACUUCUUGCGCAAGUAACGAGCGACAAGGCUCCGAAGAUCUCCGACAUCCAAAUGCCAGGUCGCAGCUCCCGCGCGCUAGGACAUCAGUGGGCGAAGGUAAAGAGCGAGAUGGCGGCUUUGGGCGAAGGUGCUGAGGGCCCUGCUAAGGCUGCUGGUAAAAAGAACAAGUCUGACGAUGACGAUGAGGAUGCACCAGCUCCCAAGAAGUUCCGCAAGGGCACAGGCAAGAAGGCGCUGACCGAAAUUGCUGAGGAAUAG